CUGGUGGAACAAACCCAAGCCAGCAGCCGAGACAUGAGACAAUUUGUGGUGUUCCUGGCCCUCGCAGUGGCCGCCGUUUCGGGCCACACGAUCGCCCAGCCAGGAUUCCCCGAGGGACGCAUCAUCAACGGCUACGAGGCGGAGCGUGGGGAGGCUCCCUACAUCGUCUCCCUGCAGAGCACAGCCGGGACCUCGUUCUGCGCUGCUUCGAUCAUCCGUCCGGACGUCCUGCUGACCGCCGCCCACUGCCUCACGAAGGACACGUACCUGGCGGUGGCCGCCGGCCACAGCCGCAGCAACCCCGAGGACACCCAAGUGCGAGAGGUCACCAGCAGCCGCCAGCUAAUCCACGAGAGCUACCCGGGCCAGGCGGGACCUUUCGACAUCGCCCUGAUCUUCCUGGAGACGCCCUUCGACCUGAAUGCCGUCUCCCGCGACGGCAGCUCCCCCGUGGCGAGUAUCGCCAUGCCCCCCAAGAAGCUCGAGGGCUCCAACCGCGGCACCCUCUACGGCUGGGGCAAGGACGGAUCCAUGGGCCUGCCGGACAUCCUCCAGAAGCUCGAUGUGGACAUCCUGGACUACGAGAGCUGCAUCGCUGCCAUGCCCGAGAACCACAAAGUGGUGGACACCAAUGUCUGCACCUACAACGCCGGCACCACCGACGGCGCCUGCAACGGCGACAGCGGCGGCCCUCUGAUCAGCCGCUCCACCGACGGCUCUGUCUACCAGGUCGGCGUGGUCUCCUGGGGCUAUGUUCCCUGCUCGCUCACAAGGUAUCCCUCGGUUUACACUUCGGUGUAUUCGUUUGAGAGUUGGAUCACUGAUCAUAUGGACGAUUACUCGUUCUAGGAGAGGGCUUCUUGAGGGGAGUGCUAUUGUACUUCGUGAACAGUAAAUUAAUAUUAAAUAGAACAACCCAUCAA